AUGAAGUUCACUCUCGCUGCCGUCGCUGCUUUCGCCAGCACCGCUCUUGCGGCCAGCCUUCCCGAGGCUUUCACUCUCGUCGCUGAGGGCGGCAAGACCGUUGUCACUGAUGGCCAGAACCUCUUUGUCGGCACCGACUCGACCGCCAACGAAGUCCUCAUCCUCCGUGGCAAUGCCCAAGACACCCCCUUGACCUUCACCUCCAAGAACUCCACCCCCACCGGCUUCCAGAACCUUUGGGUCGUCGAGGACGAUACCCUCCCCGUCGGUCUGACCAUUCCCCACUCCGCCGCCUACCCCGAGGGCGCCAGCGAGACUGGAUUCGGCGUCAACGACGACGGUCUGUUCACCCACGACGGCAACGCUUACUUUGCUGUCGAUGGAUAUGCCUCCGGUGACCAGCCUCUCAAGGUCUACUGGUAUGGUCGUCACAGCUCUGAGUACAAGGGCAUGAAUCUUACUGUCAAGGAGUGCAAGGGCUGCUAA